UCCUUUUAUGGCCAUAAAUCUGGAAGUUUAUCGAAGUAUUAGAUAAUGAGAAAAUCCAAUGAGGGUUGUUGCAGCAAUCAGAGCAUUAAACGGAACUUACACAAUGAGGGGUUGUGAUAAGCCAAUAGCUGUACGUUUUGCAGAACCUAAGAAAGUUAGGAAUGGAGAAGCAAGGAACAAUAAGAUGUUUAGUGGCAUGCCCUUUGGCCCCCAUUCUCAAGAACCAGUUGUUAGGACAACAACCAACCUGGGUGAUUCCAUGGUGGGGCAUAACCGGCCUAAUGCACCUAAUCUGGCACAACAUUUCUCGUUAACUAAACAACCACAAGCAGAUUCUUCGGUGGCAAACCAGGAACCUCCGCAGUUGCCUCAGAUGCAGAAUAGAAAAGCAAGUUCUCAACAAUUUCAAGGUGAAAUUCGUGAUUUUCCAAGACAGUUGCAUGUGAUGCAACCAUUGAAACAAACACUAGAGCAGCACAAGUGGUAUCAGACUAGUGGACAACCGGUAUUCCGAACCAAUAAUAAUCUUAGCUAGUUAAUUUGCAGUUUUUUUAGUAUUGCAUGUUAUAUGUUGAAGUUUUUAUUUUUUAAUAACUUCUAUCUAUAUGUCCCUUUUUUGGUGUUCAAUUGAGUGCGGCCAGAAGAGUGCUUGCAACAUCUGAAGGGGUUUAUUCAAUAGAAUAUUAUAUUGCAUUCCUUCUGCUUCAUUUUUUUUUUAAAUUAAGAACUUUAUCUAUGUUAUUUUAAUGAAAUGUUUAAUGCAGCCUCUACCAACUGGAAGCAGUUCUCGGGAAGUUGCUUACAAUAUUCCCAGAGUUGCAGUGCCUGCAAAUCCUCAGAUGCCUGAACUUCCAGAAUGUGAUUGGAGUUAGCAUACCUGCCCUGAUGGGCAUAAGUAUUAUUAUAAUUGUGUCACUCAUGAAAGCUUGUGGGACAAGCCCAAGGAAUAUGGUUUGUUUGAGGAACAGUUAAAGAAUGAGAGACAGCAGCAAACUGCUGCCCACAAGCUUCAGUCUUCUUCCUUGGUUCUCUCUAAACAGCAACCUGCUCAAACACAAGAAAUUCAUUGCCAAACUCAUGUUGACCAUCAAAAUCUCCAACUAGAAAAACCUGCUCUAUCUGCACCGGUAUAUUGAGAUGAUUUCUUUGGAGCAAUUCUUGACAACAUUUGUAGUUGAGGCCUUUAGAAUGGAAGAAUGUAUUUCACUAAUUUUUGUAUACAUUUCUUGUUUUGUAUUUAGUGAUAAAGGAAUCUGAAUUGGGCAUAAAUUAUGUUGUAAUAUGAUUUCUUUAAGCCUAGACUAGUAGACUAAAUAUUGUAAUUACAUUUGAGUAAUUAAUAAAAAUCUAUUUAUGUUAUCUUA